GAAAACAACUAUUCUCUGUCUAUUAUAGUAGUUAAUUUUAUUAUAUUAAAAUAAAUAAAAAUAUUAUYUGUGUGCAAUCGUUAUCAAAAUAAAUGUUUCUGCCAUAAAUCGUUGUAAUGGAUACGAAGGUAAGCGCCACAACAGCCGAAGUGACACAUUUUGGCGCUACAACGAAAACUAAUAUACAGGAUGCGGAAGCGCAAAAUCUACCAACGGAACAUAUAGUUGAUAUUAAUGACAAAAGUGGUAAUAAUGGCAAUAAUAGCAACAAUAGCAACAAUGGCUACGAUAUUGUCGCAACGGAUAAUGAACCCGAAACAUACCCGAUUGUGAAGCGUCCCACUAAAUCUGAGCUGGGACGUAUGAACAGCUUGGAUUAUGCAGGAAAUAAAAAUGUAGUGGAAGGUUUGAUGGACAUUGCCCUACUGUCAGCGAACGCUAAUCAGUUGCGGUUUUUACUUACAUACAAUAACAAAGCGCCUACCUUUUAUAUCAGUCUGGGGCUAGUGAGUGUCUCUUUAGUGCUGCAGGUUGUCGUAGGUCUAGCGCUAAUCUUUAAGCGUCACAUGAAGAAGAACGAUCGACGUUAUAUCUACAUUAAGGCGCUACUGAUUUUUGGCAUAUUUAUUAUAACUGUAGUGAAUGUACUGAUUGCGGCAUUUACCACAACCGAAAGCGAUGACAAACCAUAGGCGGCCCAACCUUGACGAAACUAUUCACCAAAUAACACCAAAUAAAAAUGUAAAACAAAAUUUUUUUUUAAACUAAAAAGACUAAU